CACACACCAUGGCAUUUAAGGCAAUUGCACUCGCCGCUUUUUUGGCCGUUGCCCUCGCCCGCCCUCAGAACGGCUAUGGCGUCCCACCGCCCUCGUCAGUACCUGCCAAGUACGACUUCAACUACGCCGUCAACGACCCACCGUCUGGCAACGACUUCGGCCAUCAGGAGGCCCGAGAUGGCCCUAAUACUCAGGGUUCCUACUAUGUCCUCCUUCCCGACGGUCGUCUUCAGAGAGUUACCUACACUGUGAAUGGUGAUUCUGGUUACUUGGCCGAGGUCACCUACGAGGGAGAGGCCCAGUACCCCUCAACACCACGCCCCUAUACACCCGCCCCUCAGUAUGGUUACUAGUAGUGUUGUAAAAACCGCUAUACAUAUAUUUUAAUAAACGUGUAUAUCGACGACUUA